UUCGUGCAGUUCGCCCCAUGGAGUAGCAGCCAGCGCCUCGUCCCUUUUCUCUGUGGCGACUCGAAUCCAGCCUCGGGGUCCAGCCUCGGAAAGGAAGGUGCUGCAGCCUCGUUCCUUAUUCGGCCUUUUGCAAACGAGAGCUCGCGGCUUUCUUUGCUCGAGGUUUGGGUGUAGUGUGAAGUUUUAGGGGGAAAGCAUUCUUCGCGUCCUUUUUCUUACUAUUUCAUCCCGGAGCAGUUAAAUAAAGCCGAUUACCAGCUUUGUUUAUCUACUCUGGGAUGAAGUAGUGGGUGAAUGAGAAACAGGACACGAAGAAUGCUUCCCCCCUAAAACUUCACACUACACGUAAGCCUCGAGCAAAGCAAAUAAAGAUCUUAUUGAACUACGGCCAAAUGCGGAAAUAGGGUGCGAUUGGAUCCAUAUCAAUUCGCAGUCUGUGUCAGAGAGAUUUGCCAUACUUCCUGGUGUACAAUAUCCAUGAGUUGCAUCCGUUUAGGUGAAGUUGUAGCGGAUAGUACGAUGAAACUAAAUCAUUCAGAAAUGCUCAGAGAAAGUAAUAUGUUCUCACUGAAGAUGCUGAUGAUGCCCUAGCCACCGUUCUCUCCUGAACCCAAGAUGUCAACCGAAUUGGAGGCUCCACUUUCCUUAUCUGAUUGUCUUUGCAAUAUUUGUAUGGAAAUUUUUCUGGAGCCUGUCACAUUGCCAUGCCAGCACACUCUCUGCAAUGCUUGUUUCCAGCUUACAGUAGAGAAGGCCAGUUUGUGCUGUCCUUUUUGCCGUCGCCGAGUCUCUUCUUGGGCACGUUACAAUGCCCGUAAUAAAACUCUUAUUAAUUUGAAAUUAUGGGAAGCAAUUCAGAAGUUUUUCCCGGAAGAAUGCAAACGUAGAAUUAACGGUCAGGACCAAGAAGAAGAUGUAUGCAUUCCUCAGCCAGUACGUUGCUUAAGUAAGCCUGGAGAACUGAGACAGGAAUAUGAAGCUGAGAUUACUAAGGUGGAGGAAGAACGACGGGCUCAUGAGCAAGAGGAGAGUAAAGCAAGUGAAGAGUAUAUUCAAAAUCUGUUAGCAGAAGAAAAAGAACAGCAGAGGCUAGCAGAAGAAAUGAAGAAACAGAUGGCAGAACAAUUAUUACUAGAUGAAAAACUGGCCUGGGAACUGAGUUUGAAUUUGAGCAGCUCUGGUGUGGAGAAUACACACAGCAGUUUAUCACCUGGCCCAUCUCCCUUAAAUUCCUGCAAAUUACCGAAGAGAAAAUCAAGUGGUUCUGAAGACAUUAAAAAGUAUUUGUCUCCAAAAUCCUGUAGUUCUUUACCUCCAAUGAUACUCUUCAACCAAUUAGAGGAAGAAAGCCGUGGUUCCUUCUCUAGGGAAAGCAGCAGUACUAAAAACAGUUUUAUAUGCGAAGAAGAGAGAGAAGAUGAGAUGCCCACACUGACUCCACAAAUGUUGGUCAAGGAGAGAGACAAGGAUUCUUUUUUAGAGCCAUUAAUGCCACAAUUAAAUAUAUGUACUAAAGAUGAAACGUCUCCACUCAGCUUGGAUCUGACAUGCCGUUCUACUUAUCAGGGAAAUGAACUUGCCAAUACAUUUUGUAGUGUCGCUUGCAAAGAUGACUCUGAGCCAAUGGGUACUUUGUCAAAGAGAGAGGCAUCUGUUUCUGACCUUGAAAACGACAAGAGUGUAGGAAACACAGGCUUAAUAAUACAUUCAAAAGUUGGAACACUUAAAAAAACACUAAGUUCUGUUAUGUCUGGUAACCAGCAGAAUAGUGGAAAAGCACACUGUAGCUUAGAGGUCGAAAAUAACUCAGCUGGAAAUAUAAACUCCAGCAGAUCUCUGAUUGAAAUCUCUUUAGCAAAGAGAAAAUCUCAAGAAUCAUCCCCUGAAGCAGCAGUCAGUCCACACUUGAGAAAUAAAAGGAGAAAAACUUUCUCUCAAACUGCUGAGGAGGAUGAAGAAGAGGUGAAUGGCAUACAACAGCAGAUGAACUUGGAACAGCAAUUUUAUGAAAGGCUUAAGCAAGAACAGCAGGACAGACUUCUGGCUCUGCAGCUUCAGAAGAAAAUGGACAAAGAAGAAAAGAUGAUGAAUCGCAAAAAAGGCUCUCCAGAUGAGUACCACUUGCGCCCCCAAACAUCUCAGUCUGAAUGUGCCUCUCCAGUUUCUUGCAAGCAGGGCGCACAGCCUCCAAGCAAGAAGACUGAAGCAAACCGAAGCAAACAUCACAGAAGUUCCCAAAAUGAGAACAGUAAACCUUCUAAUAAACGUCAGCCAAAGUCACCUGGUAUAAAAAGAGGGAAAAGUUUGAAUUGUGUACUCAAAAGUUCAGACUCUAAGGAGCCAGAAUUGCUGCCAACCAAGCAAAAAACUAUUCUUCAGAUGUUGAAGAGGUCUGCCAGAAAGUAGAGGAAAUGUGAAGAUUACGCAUUGGGGGGAAUGAAUUCUCUGUUUAAAAGCUAAUUGGGUUGAACAAUUAUUUGUGGAUGGAUUGAGCACUUUCAAAACUAACACUUAUUGGCUGGGAGCCAACAAUGCCUGGGUUUUUUAAUGCCUGUUUUCUUUUGCUGCCUUUUGUGUUAUCAAUCUACUUUAACUCACAAGCAUGGAAACAUGUUGUUUGGAAUGUCAGGAAACCAGAAGUUGUAGUAUCUGUGUUGGUUCUGUUGUAUCUUAGAAUAAAUGACCAAAGCAGCUUCUGAUUCUCUCUUCUCCCCAUCCUCUUGUUGUUCCUGUUAGUUUCCAGCUUAAACAGGUUUUUCCAAUUCUUUAAAAUAAAAAGCACCUUAAAAUAUAAUACAUUA